CCAGGUACCAAGUCCAAAUGUCAUCAGCUUCAGAUGCAGAUGAAAUCAAGUUUAGUCAGGAGAGUUUGUCUCUUCUCUUCACUGGUGGAGCGACGGGGGUUUCUUUAGAACACCACAUCCCAACGACCUCGUUGUACAGCCCAGAUCCGAAUUUUGAUACCAGUUUGCCACGAACUACGUCCAUGUCCUCAUUUACCUCCACCCAGUAUCCCAGAGCUGGUCCGAGUCAACCAACAGUGAUCCCCAUUCACGUCACUCAGGAUCAAGAAAUUCGAACAGACAACAUGCAGGGCAGCUACGGGUUUGAUCUCAAAUUCGAGGAGAGAAAGGAGUUUCCUAAGAACCAUCCAUGUUGCUACUCCAGGGUUAAGGAUGCUAUAAUCGUGAAGGACCACACCGCAAUACCUUUCACAUUCCUGAGUAAUUAUAGUAUGCGGGACUUUAGGAUCAGAAUCACCGCUGUGUUUACGAGUAAAGACAACUUUAACAUCCCUGUUCUGCCUUGUAAUAACCAUUCUGGAUCCAGUCAAGGACCGCCGAGGGAGUUUGUUUCGUGCAACAACGCAAAUGCAGUGGACUAUAAAGAUGAUGAAAGACACCACAUCUUACUUCCACUCAUACACUGUCGAGAUGUGUCUGGUAACGGAACGGAACUGAUCGAAAACUUCCAGUUUAACUGCAGAAGCAGCUGCACUAUGAAGUCGGGGAACAAAGGGAUCAACAACAGAGCGCUCUCUUUGAUAUUCCAGCUAGAAACAGAUCACGGGGUUCCUCUCGGAAGACGAGUAGUCAGCCUGAAAGUAGCAGUCUCACCGGGCAGGGACAUCAUGACGCUGAUAAACGCGGAAGGAAAACGCGGGAGGAAAAGGUCACGUACUCAGUCAGAGGUGGCAGAGAGCAGUUCCAGUGCAAGUACUCAAAGUGCUGGGAAGACAUCUCCCAAAGAAUCAAAGAAACGUGUCAAGGCAAAGAGCAUGUCAGGCAACCAUAAGUACACAGUAGUGUGUCAACACAGGAGAACCCAGAAACUGAUCCGCACGAUAGCUGGAUACUGUGGGGGUCUUGAUGAUGCGUAUUUGGGGGGUGAGCCUUACAGUCAGACUUCUGUUGGAACCCAAGAAAAUGGCUCGCAGCCCGACCAAUACUCAUUAGAAGGUUGGCUCUCACGAUAUGGUCUGGAAUGCUACACAGAACAGUUGGAAGAGGCGGGAUUCGGAUCACCCACUAAUUUCCAGUGUGUUCAGGAAAGUGAUCUGGACAAGUUGGAGAUAUUUGACAAGUGUCAUCGGCUAACUAUCCUGCAUGCAGCCAAGCGGAUCCUCAUCAGAGGAGUAGCUAACAUCGUGAAGGGGGAAUGUUAGAAUUUUAUGCACGAAAAUAAAAUCGAAUUCCCUUCCCACAAGGACUCCGUAUUCGUUGUAUACUCAACGUAAUGUGUUUUAUUUGACAAUUUUGCAUUCUGCAGAUCAAAUUUCAUCUCGAGAAAUCCGCCCAAAUCAAUAGCGAGAUCAAACCCUACAUGUCAAUUACACGCGAACAUUGUUAAAUUUCAAAUAUUAUUCUCGUCAGAAACAAACCGCUUCAAUGCAUUAAUAUGCAAUGCUUUUAUAAUUAUACAUAUCAUUGAAUUUGUAUAUUUCUGAAUAAGUUUCGAUGUUCAAUUUAUUUAAUAUUAUACAGCUUAAUUAAUAUUAUCCAGCUAAUUUAUUAAAUUACUUAUUCAGAUAUUUUCAUUUUAUUCUCUCGAUGUUGAAAGGUUUUAUUUUACCCCACCUUGAUAUUGAUCGGUAGUUUUGAAUUGCAAUUGUUUUUAAAAUUUAAUUAAUCAGUUUUUUAGUUUUCUAAAUUUUGUUUUAUAUUAGUCAACUAGCAUGUGGAUUGGGGUGUUGUGAUGACUUAUAACUCUCUUUAUAAACUCUGUAGUACAGCAUCUUAGUAUUUGUAACCAGAGAAACUAUUCGAGGUUUUUCCAGGACCUAUGGAUUCUAACUAUCUCCUUAGGGGUACUUCACAUUACGUAAUCAUGGCUUGAUCCCCCCAUUAUUGUUGACUUUUUUCUCUGGAAAACACUUUUCUCUACGUUCAUGCUACUUUGAUCAUUAUGAGCCGAAAUCAUUUUUAUGAAAAAAUAUUGUCAAAUUUAUUCUAGAGGGUAAAAACCGUGUUAAUUUGUAGCUCUUAAUUUUCUUAACGGUGACAUUCAUCAAGAGAUAUAAUCAUUAAUGAACUUCAACUUUAAAAAGGUUAUGAAUUUGAAGGUUUUUUAUACGUUACAAUUAUGUUCAGAAUAUCAGACCAUUCUCUUUUUAAUCUCUAUUUAAUUAUUUGUUUUAAUGUCACUCGUAUAACGACAAUAAUUCAAUAACAUAAGUUUUAAAGUAAGAUUUAUUAUAAAUUAAUAAUUCAGUUUAACCGGGGGUUGAACUUUGAUAUGCAAAUGUAGCCAAUAUAUUACAUCAACAGUAUAGAAAACAUCCUCGAGGAGGUCACGUUUUCAGUCUUUCCUCGGCUUUGAGCUAAACUAUAACUCCUAAUAUGGACAUAAAUAUUAAAUAUUUAGAUAAUAGUUUAAUAGAUAAUCCAAUUCCACCCAACAUGUUUGUAGGAUUCACAUUUCUUUAGUUUCCUGCGAUC